GACAGGGUCCUCUUCGGCAGAGGUGUUGGUCAUUCCCUUUCACCGAGCAAUGACCGCGUAUUCCCGGUCGUCAAGUCGUCACCCAGUGCGUAUUCUGAGGACGCUAAAAUGCAAAUGAUGAGAGAGGGUGCUGCAAACACUUUGAGUGGUUUGAAUCUGGUAUCAGCUCUACAGGCCCGUAAUGGGGCUCGUGUCCUUCUCGUUGGAUCGAAGGAUAUGUGUGCUGAUAAGAUAUUCAACAAGAAGGGAUAUGACAAUAGGAAUGUGUGUAAGUCGAUGUAUACAUGGGCAUUCAAUCAACGACGUGUCAUCCGUGCUGUAAAUAUGCGACACCAUAAGGUUGGGGAGACCGAGGCGCCGUAUAUGUAUACUGAGGGGGACGAUAUCACAUUCGAGAUUCAGUUGGAAGAGCUGACUAUGAAGGGAUGGGUUCCAUAUACAGCUCCUGAUAUCCAACUCGAAUACACUAUGCUAGACCCUCAUAUUAGAGCCUUCGUGCUCCCUGACGCAUCCAACAACGGUUUACAUACACUCACUUUCAAGGCCCCCGAUGUUUAUGGAAUAUUCAAGUUUGUGGUGAACUACAACAGACUUGGUUUGAAUCCUCUCCAUAUAGAGGAAGUAGCACCAUUGAGGAACUACAAGCACAAUGACUACCCCAGAUUCCUCUUCUGUGCAUAUCCUUACUACGCAUCAGUUUUCGUUGCGGCGUUCGGCCUUUUUGUGAUCGCCUUCUUGAUGAUUUACAAUAAGGAUACCUCGCUGCCAGGCCGUAUUAACUCGCCUACUCGCAAACAGACAGCAGGAGGAGAGUCAAAGAAGAUGAAAUAAGAGCACACAGUGUUGUUGAUGAGUUAGUUUUCUCAGUAGUGCUGCUUUUAGUCACGCUACACU